CAAGAUUCCGUUUGCACACUUUCGGUGUGGGGUGCCCGCGCCCUGACCCCGCAGUGCUCCGAGUGACCGCGCGCAGACGCCGCCGCCGCCGAUCCUUGGACCCCAGUGGAGCCACCAUGCCGCGCUCCUUCCUCGUCAAGAGCAAGAAGGCGCACAGUUACCACCAGCCGCGCUCGCCCGGCCCCGACUACUCCCUCCACCUGGAGACGGCGCCCGCGCCGGGCCGAGCAGACGGCACGCUGAGCGCGGUCGACGCGGCGGCGGAGCCUCAGGACCGUUUGUCCCCCGAGUCUCAGCUCACCGAGGCCCCCGACAGGGUCUCCGCGUCCCCAGACAGCUGCGAGGGCAGCGUGUGCGACCGGAGCUCGGAGUUCGAGGACUUCUGGAGGCCUCCAUCGCCCUCCGUGUCUCCAGCCUCGGAGAAGUCGGCGUGCCCGUCGCUGGACGACGCCCAGGCCUUCCCGGUGCCUUUCAAGCCCUACUCGUGGAGCAGCCUGGCGGGCUCGGACCUGCGGCACCUGGUGCAGAGCUACCGGCCGUGCGGGGCCCUGGAGCGCGGCGCCGGCCUGGGCCUCUUCUGCGAGCGCGCCCCGGAGCCGGGCCACACGGCAGCGCUGUACGGCCCCGAGCGGGCGGCGGGCGACGCGGGGCCCGGGGCGCCCGGGAGCGGCGGCGGCGGCGGCGGUGGCCCGGGCCUGGGGCUCUACGGCGACUUCGGGCCUGCCGCGGCCGGGCUGUACGAGCGUCCGGCGGCAGCUGCGGGCCGGCUGUACCCGGAGCGCGGCCACGAGCUCCACGCGGACCAGGGCGCCGGCGUCAAGGUGGAGUCGGAGCUGCUGUGCACCCGCCUGCUGCUGGGCGGCGGCUCCUACAAGUGCCUCAAAUGCAGCAAGGUCUUCUCCACGCCGCACGGGCUCGAGGUGCACGUGCGCCGCUCCCACAGCGGCUCCAGACCCUUCGCCUGCGAGAUGUGCGGCAAGACCUUCGGGCACGCGGUGAGCCUGGAGCAGCACAAGGCCGUGCACUCGCAGGAGCGCAGCUUCGACUGCAAGAUCUGCGGCAAGAGCUUCAAGCGGUCCUCCACGCUGUCCACACACCUGCUCAUCCACUCCGACACCCGGCCCUAUCCCUGCCAGUACUGCGGCAAGAGAUUCCACCAGAAGUCAGACAUGAAGAAACACACCUUCAUCCACACAGGUGAGAAGCCCCACAAGUGCCAGGUGUGUGGCAAGGCAUUCAGCCAGAGCUCCAACCUCAUCACCCACAGCCGCAAGCACACGGGGUUCAAGCCCUUUGGCUGCGACCUGUGCGGGAAGGGCUUCCAGCGGAAGGUGGAUCUCCGCCGGCACCGGGAGACGCAGCACGGACUCAAGUGAGCGCAGGGCUCCCGGGCUCCCGAGCUGCAGCUGCUCCACACUACUGAAGACGCUUCCCGGCCCCCACUUGCAGUCUGCACCUCUCUCCAGUGAGCCCCUCUACCCUCCUCCCAGAGCUGCCGGGGUCCAGGCAGUACCAGUACCUCCGCGACUGUUUGCCCCCCCUCCCCAGCUUUCGGGGCUUUAGGCUCCUCAACACCCGAGGAUACAAAUUGGAGCCAAGCAGAUGAAAUCCUGGGCCCUUGCUGCCCUUCCGGU